AUGCUUUAUUUCUCAUGGGAUUUCACAAAGAAUGCUAAUGCCUGGCACCACCGCUCGGAUCCACGCGGGUCGAAGUGGGGCUACCCAAUACUGCUUGAUGCUGCUAAGUGUUGCGGAGGUCUUCGUGCUCGACGCUUAAAUGUUGUUGACUGUCGACACCUGGCCGAUCGCCGCGUCGAGAUCACGGGUCCCGUGGACCGUAAGGUGGUCAUUAACGCGCUCAACUCGGGCUCCAAGUGUUAUAUGGCCGACUUUGAGGACUCGACGGCUCCCACGUGGUUCAACCAGGUGGACGGCCAGGUCAACCUCAUCGAUGCCGUUCGCAAGACCAUCUCGUACACGCACCCGCAGACAGGAAAGAAGUACAUGCUCAACGACAAGAUGGCUACGCUACUGGUGCGUCCGCGCGGCUGGCACCUGGACGAGGCUCAUGUGCUCGUGAACAACCAGAUCAUGUCUGGCUCGCUGUUCAACUUUGGUCUCUACUUCUUCCACAACGCACACGAGCUGCUGGCGCGUGGCUCGGGCACAUACUUCUACCUGCCCAAGCUGGAGCACCACUUGGAAGCCAAGCUGUGGAAUGACGUGUUUGUGGCUGCUCAAUUGAUACAACCCGCAAUGGUGACGGUAUUUUACUCGUGGAAAAUAGUUUGA